CUGUCGUUUCAGGUGGUGCGAGUGUGGUUCUGCAACCGAAGGCAGAAGUAUAGACGUGAACGUGAAGAAGCUGCCGUAUCCCUGCCUCAGGCUGUCCUCCUCACCUCCAACUCGGUGCCCACCGAAACACUUGAUAGUGUUCCAAAGCCACAAAGAUCAAUGCUAUCCUCUCGUGAUCCUUAUCCAUUAGAAGAGCUCUGUGCCACCCCAGAAUUCAUCCCUUUUCAAUGA